UUCUAUAAGUGAAAUUACGUAUCUUUUUCUUUUAUUUUUCUUUAGAAGAUACAAUUGAUCGAGAAUUGUCAGACUACGGUUGUGCCCUGUCCGUAAGAUAUAAAUAUGGUGAUCUUAAAGAACCACAGCCAUUAAUUCUAACACGAAAUGGUACUGUAUCGAAUAUACUUUAUCCCAACCUAAAGGGUACGUUAAAAAUGCAAACAGGUCAGUCGAUUUAUUUGGCAUGUCCGGGUGAAACAAAUUUUGUGAAAAAAACUAAAUACCUUAAGGAAGUUAAAGCUACCUGCGUAAGGAAUCAAAUGUUUAACGUUAACGGUGAAAAUAAAAAUUUUUCAUCGUUAACGUGUCAUCAUUUACCGGAAAACAUGGCAAGGCGUACGAAUUCGUGGUGCUACGACGAUAAAAGUGCUCACGUUGAAAUUGGUUUCAAUUUGACUACCGGUUUCCUUCGCAUAAUAGAACUAUGUCGCAAUGAACAAACCUAUAAUACGUAUUACACGAAAUUUAGGAUGACGAAAUGGAUCGAUGGAUACCAGAGAAGUUAUCCAAGACCGUGGAAAUGGACGGCUGGAGAUUAUUUCGGAAAGAUAGAUAUUAACGGGCAAUACGUUUACGAGAGGCAACUUCAAACACUUGCGAAACUUUUGAAUUCGACCGAAUUGGCUAAGUCCCAUUUAAAUAAGACAGUACAGUUUCUGAGUCGCGGACAUUUGGCGGCAAAAUCUGAUUUCGUUUACGGUGCUUUGCAAUCGUCGACAUUUUGGUUUUUGAACGCGGCGCCUCAAUGGAUGUCUUUCAAUUCUGGCAAUUGGAACGAGCUCGAAUCGAACGUCAAAAAGUUCGCAUCUAAUCGUUCUUUAGAUCUCGAUGUUUAUACGGGUGUACACGGUCAAAUGACCAUGCCGAAUAAUCAUGGCAAACAACAAGAUAUAUAUCUCUACGUCAAUGGCACAACCAAAGCUGUUCCCGUCCCCAAAUUCUAUUGGAAAAUAAUCCACGAUCCACAAAGUAAGAAAGGUACCGCAUUCGUCGGUUUGAAUCAUCCCUUUAUCAAGUCGAUCACGGAAGACAUCUACAUAUGCAAGGAUAUCAGCUCGACGAUCAAAUGGCUCACCUGGAAACCUAAAGAUAUCAAAAGUGGUAUCUCCUAUGCGUGUACAGUCGACGAUCUACGUAAGGCAGUACCGACUAUUCCUAAAUUUCAAACGUUCGGCGUUUUAAUCUAAGAAUCGAUAGGAAUCAUUUUUCAGAAUAUAUGAAUACUUCCUAAAAAGUAUUAAACUAAAGAGUAUGUCUACUCUAUUAGUUACGUUCGAUUAUUUCCUUUGAUCUUUGACACGUGCCGAUUAUUUCCUUGGUUAACGACCUGCUUGACCUACAAAUCUAAUUAUUCUUUUUCGAUCUUAU